UGCAACGCACAAGUCUCUGGCAGCCUUGAAUCUCCCACUGGACUACCGUCGGGGCAGUUUCUCUAUAUAUAAGCCUGCGCGUUGCUGCUAGCAACUGUUUUCUCGUGUCAAGCUCCAACGCAUUGUCUCGCCAUGGGACCGUCUCGAAUAAUUGUCCUGUCUUUGCUGAUGGUCGCCGUGGUUACCGGCCAGUACUACGAUCAGACCACGCCAGUACCAAUCUUGAAGCAGCUUAACAGACAUAAUGAAGACGGAUCUUACAGCUACGGAUACGAGGCAGCUGAUGGUAGUUACAAGAUCGAGACGAAACACCCCACUGGAGAAGUCCUUGGCAAAUAUGGCUACGUGGAUGACACUGGCUCCUUGCGUGAGGUUGAAUACGGUGCUAGCAGACGUGGGUUCGAGCCAGCAGGUGCAGGAAUCAACGUGGCUCCACCAACACUCACGAACAACAAUUACAACCAAGGAAAUUCUCUGGGUAGCGAUUACGAUGAUGGCCAAUACCGCGAAGAUCCUAGUAUCUAUUACAAGUCCUCCUCGUUUAACAGCGCUCCAAGUAGACCAUCGUAUCAGAAUACCUACCAGUCUCGACCUUCGUACAAUCAACAACCUCAUAAUUAUAACCCGGAACCCUCUUAUCGAGAGCAAUACAACCCCCCACCCCCACCCCCAUCGCCACCCCAGCGUCAGUAUAGUCAACCUGAACAACAGUACAACCGUCCUCAGCAGCAGUACUACCCAAAAAUAGAUCCUAACCAAUUUCGUGGUCAUCCAGCGACCAACUUUGAUGUAUAUUCUGGGUCUUACAGUGUUAAUUAUUCAGGCUGAUGAAAAUAUAUUUCGCAGUUCACGGUUCAUAGCAGAACCAUCGUCUCAGCUCUGAUUUCCGUCAAAACUGAGUACUGAACCAAUGGAUUGAGAAUUAGCCCACUAAAGACGGGAUCCUUUGAGCAUACACGGUAUACAUGUUGUUGCUUAUAAUAAAGAUGUGAUAAAACGUCAGUCUUGUGUUGAAUUCAGUGUCAGCAAUGUUUGUUUUCCGUUGCAGGCGAGGGAGAAAUCGACAUCAAUGUAAGGAAAUCGGUAUUGUGUUAGUCUUCCUGGAGUCUGACAUCCCUAGCUAAUAACAUAAUACGCGCCAUGUUUAACAUAAUUUUUCUGUUUUGUAUCACAUUAGUGAGUCAUAUGUAAAGUACAAUAUGUUACAGCGUCUAGAUGCAUUAUGUCUGAUCUCUUCUUGAGUUUCUCUCGAUUGGUUUACGCCUUUGAAGCAGAAGCACGUCUAAAUAACAUUUAAGGACUUAGUCCGUACCGCAAAGAAAACACAACACUUCACCGUUACAAAGAUCAACUAGUUAACGCUGUUUAAUGAAAUAAUAGGUGUUCCUUUUAAGAAAUACACUACUGAUCAAAAUUAUUAUUUACAGAAUGUGGUACGUACAGUUACCAUUGGUUUUAAAUAGGUGGAAAUUCAUAACGUGUCGAAAGUAGGCGAUUUGAGACGACAAUUAUAUUCGUUGAAACCAAAAUUUUGCUUCAUGUUUCAGAUAAUUUUAACCUAGUCACCCGAUACUAAUUAAAUAUUUCCUUCUUAUCGUAACCUAUACGCGGGAGGUUCAGAGUACAGCUCACGGUAUGUAAACGAAGUUUUAAUUACUUGUGGUAAGUAAGUAACGCACAAUGUAAUGACCUUAACUCGAAAGUAAGUGGGGAUUAGUGAGUGAAUUUGGCGCAUUUAUGGGGGGGAUACGUGGUGAAUUCACCUGUCUCAAAUCGAUUUGAGGACAUAUUUCACAGUUAUUAGCGGCUACCAAGGUUCUUAACAAAAUAUCUUCAUCGUUAAUUCAUAAUAUAUUAUUAAUUAAUACUGUGCAGCUAACGAUCACUUCAUGAAAUGCCACUCAAGAUAUAAUUUACUUUUGUACACAUAUUAUUGACUGCAGGCAUUGUGCUCACACAUUGUGAUUAAAAUAUUAUUCAGGAAAUAAAUAACUUGUCUGGGAGUCUACACUAAAUUUCUGCUUCUGAAUAUCUAUGUGAUAAGUGUAUGUCGCUUAUAAUGCUUGUGAUAUUAUGUUUUCUAUAUGAAUAAACGUUGAAGGUUGAAAUAA